AUGCCGAAGAAGUCUGCGGGUCAUUGGCCAACUUUAAGUGCUACUUCUACUGCUCCCGUUUCUAGUGAACCAAAUCCAACAAAAAACUGGGAAGCUAUAGAAAGGUCGGCUGUUGAGGAGGAAGAAAAAGAAGAGCUUGAAGGUGAUGCAGCAGUGAAUCGAAUGUUCCGGAAACUCUACAGCGAGGCUUCGGAUGAUGUUAAAAAGGCCAUGAUUAAGAGCUACCAGGAGUCCGGUGGCACUGUUUUGUCAACGAAUUGGGCAGAGAUUAGUAAGAAGCGAACGGAAGUUAGACCACCAGAUUGCAUGGAGUACAAACGUUUUGAACAGUAG